AUGGCUGAUGUGUUUCCGCCGCCGCUCAAGCUCGCACUCGGAUCGACUCUCGGGGCGGCGCUGUUUGGCGUCACCUGCGUGCAAACAUUCUAUUUCUUCCGUUCCGCCACAAAGGAUGGCUGGAUUAUGAAGGCGCUCGUCCUGAUCUUCGACACGCUCCACCAGUGUCUGAUUACACAUAUCUUCUAUUAUUAUUGUAUCAUAAACUAUGGAAACCCUGUAACCCUCCUCAACUCCGUCUGGAGUAUCUCAGUACGUCAUCCAGUUACAUGCCUCCGAUCGCGCAUCGUCGUUGACUGCAAGGGCUUCGGGCAGGCUGAAAUUAUAGUCAAUUGGAAAGGUAUCUCCCCAUGCUCAUCUGCGUCAAUUACGCUUGACGGGACGCCUCCAGCUUCCUUGUUUUCCGACUCUGGAAAUGCCAUCCUCACCGUAGCCCAUUUUAGAUCUGACACCACCAAAGCAAUGAACCUGGUCUAUCCCAUCCGCGGUCUCUUCACAACCAACUUGCUGAACACCGAUGGCGAGAGGCAAACGGGCAUAUCGGGGCUGGCUGUCGCUGUGGCCACAGAUGUGUGUAUCUCCGGAUGCCUCGCGUUCUGGCUCAGCAAGAACAGGACGGGCUUCAGGAGGCUAGUUAAUCCACGCAUCGUCCAGGAGAUACCUAAUAUUUUUUUUCACUCCGAGCGCAGGUCCGACAGGCUUAUCGACAAGCUUAUAGCCAUGACGGUCACGACCGGCUUGCUCACAACCGUAUUUGUAAUCGCGAACCUCGUGGCUUAUGUAGUGGCGCCGAACGGCCUCUAUGUCCUUUGCUUCAAUUUUAUGCUGGGAAAAUUGUACAUCAAUGCUCUUCUCACGUCCUUGAAUGUGAGAAACGCCAUCCGCGAAGGGCAAAACAGCGAGAGUCAGCUCAUCAACUCGAUCCCGCUUGCCCAACUUGCGAUUCACUCUGGCACCGAGUCGUCCAACAGUAAAACCAGUCCCGUUGCGGUUUCUGUAGACCGUGUUGUGCGGAAGGCGAGCUGCGCUACCUUCGAUCAAACAAGCAUGGAUGCGACCGUGCACACCAACAGCGCAUACAAGGAUCUGAAGGGGAAUCCUGACAUGGCGCUGUGA